AUGAAAUUUGAAGAUCGCAUAUUGAAUAAAUCAAUCCCUGAAUGGAAAUUCUACAAUAUUAACUAUGAGAAGUUAAAAGUAGCCAUAAAAAAAGUAACGGCUUAUGAUUAUGACAAUCCAAAUGAUUCGGGCAUGGAGAAGUUGUUGAAUCAAUGUUCAGUAGCCUUUGACCAGGAAUUUCAAAAUGUUAAUUUAUUUGUUUCUUUGAAAAUAAAGGAAAUUUCCACUCGUAUUCUUUCUGUGGAAUCAUCAAUAAUCGAUUUUUCAAAGGGCUUAAACAAAACUUCCAGAAACCGUUUCAACCUUCGUAAACUGAAAAUCAUCAACGCUCAUGUAGACGAUUGUAACUUUGAACUACAACUACUGUCAAGGUUUUUGAUAAUACAAAGGAUUGCCUUGAGAAAGUUAUUCAAAAAAUUACUAAAUGAAUUUCCUCAAGACAGUGAAAAUCCAUUGACUGCAAGUGAGUAUGUUACGUCGAUCAGAAACUCUGAAAGUUUACGAAAUGGACACGAAGGCAUAUCAUUUAUGAAGCUUGAUUUAGAUCCAUAUCUUUUAGAAGUUUCGCUAAUUGUUGAUGUUUUACAUGAUUUGGAAAAUAAACUUGAAGAUGCAACUGAGCCAGCAGUGGAGCAAAGAUCCCUAAACCGCUCCGAUGAAUCUGCCCAUACAAGUUCAAGUCCAGAAGCCAACAAUUCUUCCUUGCCAGCAUCUCCAAGGUCAAUUCCGCUACUUUCAAACAAGAAAACUUCAAAAAUGAUUGAUUCUUCGCUAGAAUUCGAUACUGCCCUCAUAGAUAAAGCAGAGAAUCUAGGAAGGUUUUUAUUAUCGUCCGAGGACAUAGAGGGACUGAAGUUCAUGCUAUUGAAUAUUGGUUUUAGGAUAAUUGACGAUAGCAUCAUAUCCACUUCAAAGGAGAUUUUAGACACUACAGAUAAUAUUAAUUCUGCGGGCAACAAAUCUAUAAGAUCAGCAAAGUCAUUCAAUGACUUACAACAUACCUUAUCCCUAUCUAAACAGAAGAACAUAUUACCCUCUGCUGUACAAUCCAAUGAGAAGUACGUUUCUAUUAGUAUACUAGAUACUGUCGGGAACGAAGGCAGUCCUUUACUACUUACUGAUGAUAAUAUAAAUCAGCACCCAAACAUGAUAGUCAGCUCUACUGCUGAGGAUACUUGUAUAGUAAUGUGCCACGUGGGCGGCUUAAGAAAUCAUGUUGUCACAAAUGAUCUGCUUCUAAGGGAUGUAAAGAAUAUUCUUUCGGCCAUGAGGAGUGGCAACGACACAAAAAAUAUUAGCGCUCUCAUAAACUCACUGGAUCCAUCGCCAAUCAGUAAGAUCGCUUUGGAGUGGAUUCAGUCCCAUCGAUUAAAAACCAUUGAACCAAAGCUAGAUUUUAAAAGAACAAGAUUCAUAUCAGCAGACAAUGGAGAUAUAUACUUGAUAGCUUUGGAUGAAUCUAUCACUAUUGGAAAUGUAUCUACAUUACCCUUUCCAAUUUUAGAAAUUAAAAAGCUUAGUCGAUCCAGUGGUCUUUCACAGACGGCUAUUAAUGAAGACAAUAAGUUUAAACAGUUAAUGAAAUCAGUUGUUACAAAUGAGUUUCAAUGCAGCUUAAUACCACCAGACUUAACCACAUGGAAAAUAUGUUUAGAAUUAGUACACUCAAAUGAAUUGCAAAAUGAUUUAUUUCAACUUUUACUAAGAGAUCAAUAUAAAUUAAAUUCCGAUGAUUCGCUAUCACCUGAUGAAUUUUUCCAGCUGGGCAAGGAUCGUCUAGAGGAAGAGUUUGACCUGACUGGGCCGAUAAACAACUCACAAGGUAGUGUUGACAGCGGCAGAAGAGUUCGAAUUCACAAAAAAUCAAAGCAAUCGGAUAAUGAAACUAAAAAGAAACCUAUUAGGUAUUGGAAUGAAUUUGAUGAACAAGAAGAGGAUAAUUUAGACAAUGCUUUUUACAUUGAUACUAAUGGAAGCAGGAGUACAACAGAUAACGAAGAAUCCUUACUUUUGAGAAAUUCUCCGCCUGAUUAUGGGUUUAUUUUGUUUAGCCGGAAUUUCAUCAACCGCACAUAUGAUUUUUGUGAGAAGUUACGAAACUUGAUUCGCCAUGACAAGAAAACAUCGCCAGAUUUGUUUCAAAACUCUAAGCAUCCGCAUUGUUCAUCAACUAACUAUGGUUCUGUUGCGUCAUUUGGUUCACAAUCAACUUCAGCGUCAUAUGAUGACGUUCAAAGGUACUUACAGUAUCAACAGCAAGACAUAGAGGACUCACAAUCUAUCUACGAAUAUAGGCAUGACGAAGUUGUUACAUUUUUAUACUUGUCUGCACUGCUAACAUCUUGCAUUAUGGCAAGUGUAUGUCUGGGAAUCGUUUUAUCCUUGUUUCGCGGGCAAAGUAAUAAUGAGAUAGAUUUAGAAAUUCAAAAUAUUCUCAUAGCCAUUAUUAUCAUUUCCUUACUGGUUUCCCUUAUUUUGAUCUGUGCGUGCCUGUUGUUGUUAUUUAGUCGGUUCACUUUGGCGCCAAUCUGGCAUUAUGUUGGUUGCUUCACAAUGUUUUUCUCAGUUACUGGAACAGUGUGCUAUGGUAUGAUUGAAAUUUUCUUUUAA